AUUAUGGAAGUGAAAAACCAGAUGCCAACGUUGUCACACUUCAUCGUUUGAAUUUCUGAUUUUUCAAUUCCAUUUUCUACACUCAAAAUCUUAUAGAGAGAUUAAGAUUGAGAUAGUUAGAGAGAGAGAGAUCUUAAAAUGCAGGAACAAAAUUGCAAGAGCAGAUUACAGCCAGUUCUACCGAAGCGGAUAAUCCUAAUGCGGCACGGCGAGUCCCAAGGGAAUCUCGACACCGCCGCCUACACCACCACCCCCGACAACAAAAUCCCACUUACCCAAGAAGGGCUGGCCCAGGCCCAGCUCGCCGGCGCCGAGAUCCACCGCGUCGUCUCCGACGCCACCGGCGCUGCCAGCCCCAACUGGCGUGUCUGCUUCUACGUCUCCCCUUACGAGCGGACGCGCUCCACGCUCAGCCAGAUCGGACGGUCCUUCUCCAGGAAACGUGUGAUCGGGGUCCGCGAGGAGUGCCGGAUACGGGAGCAGGAUUUCGGGAACUUCCAAGUGCAGGAGCGGAUGAAGGCCAUUAAGGAGACCAGGGAGCGGUUCGGCCGGUUCUUCUACCGGUUUCCGGAGGGGGAGUCCGCCGCCGACGUCUACGAUCGCGUUUCGAGUUUUCUUGAAUCCUUAUGGAGGGACAUAGACAUGAACAGGCAUCGCCAUGACCCUUGCCAUGACCUCAAUCUCAUAAUCAUAUCACAUGGGCUAACAUCACGCGUCUUCCUCAUGAAGUGGUUCAAGUGGACGGUCGAGCAAUUUGAGCACCUAAACAACCUUGGGAAUUGUGAAUUUCGAGUGAUGCAAUUAGGAAAGGGUGGAGAGUACAGCUUAGCAAUUCAUCACACUGAGGAAGAACUGCAAGAAUGGGGUCUAUCACCCGAAAUGAUAGCCGACCAAAAGUGGCGAGCCCAUGCCAACAGGGGCGAUUGGAACGAACGUUGCCCCUGGUACCUCGAUGCUUUUUUCGACAAACUAGCUGAGUCGGAAGAAGACAACGGUGACGGUGACGAGAUCUGGCAUGAAACUGAUGAAAAAAUUCCGCAAACGAAUUGCAGUUCUUGAACCAAACUGAUUAUUUUAGCAUAUGGGUUGGGAAUUCUUUUGAUUUGACCUUGUACUUAACUGUUGUAUGUUCAUAGUUAUCUCUUGAAUGUUGGAAGUAGAAAUUAGCAACAUCAGUUUAUGCAUAGGAAAUUUUCUUUGUAAAACAGAUUUUAUUUGGUGUAUCUUUUAAUUGCAUUGAA